GUGUUAGGCUACCCGCCCGGGUAUCUAAAGCAGGCACAGGUGAGCACACUGUCCAUCUUCGACGACUCCGCGCCCACCGCCGGCGCCAAAGAGGACGGAGAGAUACCGGAGCCGUCGACCUCUGCCGCAGCCAAUGGCUCAGGGGUUCAGUACAAUAAGGACUCGUUCGUCGAGUACCCGGGCUUUAAUACACCCGUUCCCACAGGCAUUAGAGAUGACUGGUAUUACCUGCGAAUGCCGCCGAUGUUAGAGCAGCAGCAGCUGAAGGAGGCGCUCAAGACUAUGCACGUGACAGAGCCGGUGCCCUACAAAAGGAGGCGUGCGGUAGAGCCCACAUCCACCACGACCUCCAGUUCCCCGUUUAAAUCGCCCGAUUCCAAACCCGACGACAGGUCAACGAGGGAUACGAACAAUGGUUUCGCGAAUGGGAAGCAAACGAGUGGCGAAUCGGAAGAUAAUGGUCUGAAUGCAGCCAAAUGUGAGCCAAUUGUGAGCAAAGAAGCUGAAGAUGUCGUCACAAUUAGCGACGAGUCGGCCGAUGAGGUGUCGGACGUGAAUGACAUGAAUGGCAGCAAAUCGUCGCUGAAUUCGCUGAACGAAAGCACUGACAGCGCGAGGAGACUGAAGAUGAUAGCGAUGGGGAGUCCG